GCACUAUCGUUGGAUGAUUUGAAAUGUCAACGAAAUCCCAAUCUCUGUCGAUCUGGGAACGAGAAAAAACAGAAUGGUACGAAAAAGCAUUUUCUCUCCGAAUUACCUCAUCACAUACCGAAUAAUUUUGAGAGUUGGAAAUUGUAUGGAACAGAAGCAAACGAUGGCACAGGUUAUGGUCCAGGUGUGGGACCUGGAUUUGGACCUGGUCUCGGCAGCAUUGGUAUUGGUACUGGCCUAGGAAUUUCAAAUGGUAUGGGCAGUGGCUUCGGCUAUGAACGAAGUAGAAUACUUUAA